AUGACCAGAAAUGCGGAUUCCUCUCCUCGAGUUCCUCUCUCCCUGUAUAGUCCAGGGAAGGUGAACAUCCUCCGGCAUGGAGAAGAUACGAAGGGAUUCAUCGCUUCCAGCAAGCAAAUGAGCUCCAAGGGGACGGCUCAGAGCAUAGAGUCUAAGAAGAGGCGAAUAAGUCAACAACAACUGGCUGAUGAAGAGCUGAUGAGACGACGACGAGCUGCCAUGAAGCGUCAGGUAUCGUCGUUCGUGCGAAGAUCAGACGAUGCAUGCGUGGAGCAGAGGAGCAAACAGAAGAUGCGAUACUGA